GUCAAAGUCAAAGUACACCUCCGGCAUUUGCCACUGCCCUUUCUCACUCAGAACGAGAAUGGCUUCCAUCUCUAUAUCCAUAACCACGACCUGCUUUGCUCGCUUCAGAGCCCAGAUGCACUCCCCGAGGCGAGCCCCCAACUCCAAGUUUAGGCCUAAAAGGACUGCCAAGUAUAAACGCCUCUCGCCCUCUGCUCCUCCUUCCGGAAGGGGAGGGAAUGUGUAUGUGGAGGUGGAUGCAGCUAUGAAUUCUCUGUUGCCUUUACGGAAUGGGGUGGAUUUUAGGGCUGGGAGAGAAGGGCACGGCCAAGAGAGAGGACAUGGUGGCGAAGGUGGCGCCCAGGAUUGUGAUUAGAGAGGCAGGGAAGGGAGGAGAUCUUGUUGGCGCUGUUGUAUCCUGGACAGAGGACACUGCUACUUCCUGGUGGGAGAGGUGGCCGAAGAAACGCCUCAUUUAAGUCUGGCAUCAAUAAGGUCCCCAGGUUGGCUGAGUAUGACAAAAAUGGUCCGGAAAUAUAUAUGGAUUCUCAGAAAAGGUUCCAACACAUCGUUCUCCUAUGAAGCUUGGUGUAAAAGAAGGUGAUACAGUAAUAGUUGGAGAGAUAUGUUCAUAUAAACUGUUUACGUGAAC